CUUUGAACACAGAUCCAGUUUGUUAUGAUGGCAGGACCUAGUAAUGACAAGUGCAGCAGGUCAGUGGUUUGCAGUGAUGACCCUCCACCUCUGAGUAUUACACUGAAGGAGCUUGGAGAUUUGCUAAAGAAGUUGGAACGUUGGGACAAGGAAUAUCCCCCUGUUGACAUUCUGCUCUUGACUGCGGAGGAUUGCGAGUUCUUGGCUUGUCAUCAUUACUUGCGAGAUUCCUUUAGAAGCUAUGAGAAAUCCAUUGGAUAUGUGUACUUUGGAAAGAUGGGUGACGAUGAAGAGGAGUCACUGAAAGUUGCUUUAGUGAAGUGUUCUAAAGAAUCCUUUGAUCCUGGAGGUUCUCAAACUUCUGCUAAGAACGCCAUCACACUCCUGAGACCUAAGGCUACCUUUUUGGUUGGUUUCUGCUACAGUUUGAAUCCUGACAAAGCCCAGCUAGGAGAUGUGGUGAUAUCCUCACAGCUUACAAUAGAUCAUCACAAAACCCCAGUGAGUAGGGAUGUUGGUAACCUUGUCAAAAGUGCAGCUGAUGGAUGGAAGGCACCAUUACAAAACCCAGAAGCGCAAAAGGUCAAAGUACAUUGGGAUGGAGAGAUUUUGAGUUGCUCUGAUCUGAUUGGUGCUAAACAGCAGUGUCAAUCACACCCUGGGGCAAUUGCAGUUGAAAUGGAAGGAAAAGGUCUUUUUGCAGCAGCUCAUGACAUGAAGAUGGAGUGGCUUGUUGUUAAAGGUGUUUGUGGUUUUGUACCUGGCAGUGCAACUCAAAACAAUUCAUGGAAGACUUUUGCUUGUGUCAUGGCAGCUUCUGUUGUAUCCAACAUGUUGAGUAACUCUUUUGUGUUUGGAGACUGGCCUCAUUACGGAGGUGGUUCGACUAAACAUUUGGAACGCCGUGAUGAAGAGUCAUCCCCGAGUGACGCCUUAACUCCGAAGAGAAGAAAAACUCGUUUAGCAGAACCGUUGAAUGUUGAGAAGUGUCAAGAGCAGCUUAAGUCUUAUUACAACACUUUUAGCAAGGUGAAAAUCAUUCCAUGGGAUGACAGCUAUUCCAUUCAGAUUGAUGAGAUCUACACACCUUUGUCUUGGGUCAGAGAUCACAGGAAGCCCAGCGGAAUGAGACAUGAGAAACUUGAAGACUACACCGACAUGUUCAAGGGAAAACCAACACGAAUGCUUGUUUAUGGUCGGCCAGGAAUUGGCAAGAGUACGUUUUGUAAGAAGGCUUCGUAUGACUGGUCGAAAGCCUUAAAAGAAAUCCUAAUGAACUUUGGCAUUGUGCUUCUGAUUAAGUUGAGAGAUGUGUGUGAUUUAGAAGACAUCCGUGAUGUUUUACGUGCGUCUAAAUUGCUGGCCAGUGAUGGUCCGAUCUCCGUUGAUAGUCUCUAUGAUUACAUAAUUAACAAUCAAGAUAAAGUGCUUCUUAUUUUGGAUGGCUACGAUGAGUACAGCUGUGCAAAAGAACACUCACCCAUCUUUGCAAUUUGGAAGGGUGAGCAACUAAGAGAUUGCCACGUCAUUGUCACCACGCGUCAACUUGCAUGUGAUAAGUUAAGAGGCCCGAGUCACGUUCAGUUAGAAAUUCAAGGAUUCAAAAGCUUGGAACGAAUAAAAACCUUUGCGAGAAAAUUUUUGGCAGAUGAACAAGAUCCUAACGAGUUUAUGCACUACCUGGAAGAAAAAGAUCUCGUUGACAUGGCAGAAAUACCUCUCCUCCUACUGAUGUUGUGUAUUUUGUGGAAAGAGAAACAUCACGUAGGACUGCCAAAAUCACGGGCCGAUAUAUUUACACAAUUCAUUCAAACUUUGCUGGAUCACAAAGAUGGAAGUCACCAGCCUAUGCCAUUUCAGAAAGUGACCUCAACAGAAGCUAAAGAAGACUUUAGUAAUCUUGGAAAGGCUGCCUUUGAAGCACUUCUGCAAGACCGUCUUUACGUACGCUGCAGCGAACUCCCCAGUAAUAUUUCAAGAAGUUUUCAAAAAUUAAGUGAAGUUGGGCUUUUCCAGAUUGUCAAUCUUACGAGUCUCAAUCCUGAGAAAGGGGCCUAUUUCAUUCAUAAAUCCGUACAGGAGUUCCUUGCAGCCUGGCACAUUAAGGAGGAAGUGUUGUCGAUUAAAGGAGAAAGUACGCCUAGCCUUUCCAAAGUUGAAUCAUUUGAAGAGAUCUGGAAGAUGAAAGAAGUUCUGAAAUUUGCCUGUGAGCUGUCAACAGAAGCCGCGUGCGCAGUUUUCCAUCAUAUGGGGUCUGUUGGAAGAAAGGAAUCUAUGUCGGAAUGUGAUUUUGUUGCGUGUUUUCUGGAGCAUGGAGUACUGGAUCGAAAUGAAGCACUUUAUCUUGAGCUUAUCUCGCAUAGCUACGUUUAUUGUUCGGCCGAGAAGAGGCUGGAUCUCUGCUCAGUAUUUCCCUCUUGCACCGGAGGUGUUUUGUAUCUUGAGUCUAACACGGUGAACAUUACUGCAAAUGAACAUUUGCUGAAAUCUGACAUGAUACCCGACUUUAUCUUUUUUCCUUUCAACGUAAAUUCUUCAGAGAAAAGCUAUCGAGACUUGAUCACUGUAGCGGAGGACAUAAAUGCAGUAUUUUUGAGCUGUUCGGGCGAAAAGAAAGCCGCAGAUUUAUUGAAGAAGUUCCCACCUCUUCCUUUGGAUGAUUUCUUUUUGAAGAGAGAGAGAAAAAUCGUCGUUUAUGUUAAACAAAUAUGGAAACAUUUUGGUGACUUUUUUCCUACUGAAAUGCUGCGAGAGCUCAUUUCGCCAACAGCAGAGUCUACUCAGGUGGCGCGUCUUGUUGAUCCGUUGAACGAACACGACAGCGAAACAGCUUCGAGUUUGACUCAGAACAGCCUUUCCUGUGUGAAGAAUAUUGAAAUUCGCGAAAUAGAAAGGCAAGGGAUGAAGGUGGUGGCUGAUUGCUUACCACUUUUUACUGCUCUGGAAUGGAUGGCUAUUUUUGGUAAACCCUCUGAAAUUAUUGAUGCUCAGUUGACAGAGACCCUGGUGUCUCGUAUCAUCUUCACUGACAGACUUCACACAUUAGUACUUGUUGGAAUCAAUUUAACAGCCAAACCUGCCGCAGUCAUCGCCAGAUCUCUGCACCAGUCUCCUAGCCUACGAUACCUCGACUUGUCACAAAACCCUCUUGGUAAAGGAGUUAGUGUUCUUACUCAACAUCUCAGCCGUGUUCCUCACCUGGAUAGGCUGCACCUUUCUGAUGUUAAAAUGACAAAGCAGCAAGUGAAUGAAUUGAGUGCAGCUGUAAGUCAGAGUAAAAUCUCCUGGUUGGACACAAAAUACCAC